AUGGCAGCUCCGUAUGCCCUGCUCCCCGGCCCCGGGCCCUGUGCAUCUCUUCUCUGGCUGUUCAUUCACAUCCUUUCAAAAUAUCUUUUCAACAACUGCGAGAAAUAUGUCAAAACUCGAACGCGUAUACAAGGUUUGGCCGGAGUAGCAGGAGUGACAAAAAUCUCCCCAGACGAUUCCAAUGACAGCAAAGGACCGAAUGAGAAUCACGGAGGCUCAGAAGAGCAAGCGGGCCGACGUCUGCCUUUCCUCUCCUACUCAUCUGUGAGCACCUCAACACCUGCUCAGCCCCCCUGCCACCAGCCGGUAAUCACGGGCAGCAGCCGGAAUGAUGCUCUGAAGACCUUCUUGGACAGUGCACUCUUCACUCAAGCCUGCAGCAGAUGGAACGAUGCUCUGAAGACCUUGUUGGACAGUGCACUAUUCACUCAAACCUGCAGCAGCUGGAACGAUGCUCUGAAGACCUUGUUGGACCAUGCACUCUUCACUCAAACCUGCAGGGCUCCCGCAUCUCUUCUGGAGCAGAAGCCCACCUGCCAAAUCAUCCCGACUGUGCUGCUGCCUCCUCUUCCCCACUGGCUCAGCCAUCCAUCAGGCCUUGUGCAUGCAGCUGGCCAGCUCCCUCUCCAGGCAACACUUUUCCCCUGCAUCUACUUGGCCAACUUCCUGAUCUCUUUUAACUCAUUCACCUUCUCAAUGGGACCGUUUAGCGCUGUGGACUCGAGUCCGCACUCCCGACCCAUCUCCCAUGUUUCUAUCCCUUGUUUGCUCCUACAGUACAUACCCUAUUGGCUUAUUCCAUUCACUCAUUCCUGUGUGUCUCCUCUGCUGGAAUGAAGUCUCCAUGUGGACAGGGAUCCUUGCCUCUCUCACUCCCUGACGUAUCCCAAGUAUGCAGGCAGUGCCUCGCAGCUGAGUGGGUGCUCAGUGAAUGCUUUUGAAUCAAUCAGUCAUCUCUGUUUUACUGAUAGGGGAGCAAGGUUCCCAAAGACAAAGUGAUUUGUGCGAAGUCAGUAAGUAAGUUAGCAACAGACUCAACCUCAAGUUGCCUGUCUUUGACAACUAUAUAGUCUUAAGAUUUACAAGAGGUUCUUGGUUAAUACAUAAGUCAAAAGUAGAUUAGAAAAACUUCGAUUUUAAAGAACAGUUUAAAACCAUUAUGGAGCCCCUGAGGAGAAGGAGCUAAAGUAAUCUCUCUUCUAUCCCUUUAAACUAGGUCCUCUGCAGCCUGAUGCUCUGACCCCGAGGGCAGGUCUUUCCACAUGCUGUAAUUUAGAUUCUGACAUAUGUAUGCCUCCCCUUCCCUCUGUGUAGCAUCGCAGAAAUGAGAGAUGGCAAGUGACAGGCCAAUCCUCCCUUCCCCUGCAGUCCCCUGCAGUCCCCUGCAUUCCCCUGCAGGAGAACACUGAGGUCUUCGUAGCAUCAGUACUUUCUUCUCCAGAAAAAAGACCAGUUGGCGAUGCUCCAAACAAUCUGGCCUGAUGCGAGCAGUCUCCGUGCCCAGGACGCCCUCAGCAACACGGACACAUGAGAUCUAAAUUCCUUCACUGUUUCAGAAUUCACUGGAUAUGAUCAAGGACUGCUAUUUCUUGGUAAUGCCCUAGGAGCUUCUAUGACGGCCCACGAAUGAGUGUUUUGGAAAGAUUAGCAUGCUCCAAGGGAGUGGAAGCCCUCUGUGUCCUACCCUGGGCUGCACUGCAGUGAAAACUCCAGUAAAAUUCCACAGCUGUGACUCCCAGGGUCCAGAGGUGCCCUGGGUAAACCACUCAUUCCACUCUGACCCGGCUCAUGGCGCUCUGCUGAACAUUCCUAACACAAAGAACCCUUUAAUAGAAAUGCUCUCCAGGACCAGCAUAAGGAAUGCUCCUGUUUGGGUAUGACCUGGGCACACGGGGAGCGGGGGCUUCUGGGAGGCCAGGCUAGGCCCUGCAGCCACACCCCAGCUCUACUCAGCAAACCUCUGCUCAAACACAGCAGCCUUGCCUGGACAGCCAGCUGUCAAAACACCAAUGACAACAAAAAAACAUGCACCCAGGAAAACCCAGGAAAGUUAUACGAGGUUAUAGGAGAGAAGAGACAAUAGGGAAGGCACCUGGAGCUCACCACCAGCCUUUUAUCCAUGCUUCUGUCUACUUGACAGAGUGCCAGCUGGGGUCCUUCUGAUGGGAGGGACGGCCACUUUUGCAUAAGAAGGAAGCAAUGAACAGAGGUCUAUUGUUGAGGAAUGAUCUCAAUCUUUGCAAAAGAAAGUAUCUUGCAAGGAAGAGGCUGUCUUUUCUUGAGAAGUCCUAUGCGACAAUUUUAUAACAUGACCUCAAUAAAAAUACAUUGGC